CCUCACCAGGAGAUUGAUCUUUUGAAGGUUGUGAAGAAGGGUUCGGAUCCGAAAUUUGUAGGCAGGCUUGGGUUGCAGCUGCCUUUGCAAGGGAAGCCCAAAAGCUCUAUUAGUCUGCAAUGGGUUCAAGGAUGCAAGAAGAAGAGCUGGAUUUGGUGAUUGAUUUGAGUCAGAGGCUUGGUGUUCGUCCUGUUAUUGGGAUCCGAGCCAAGCUGAGAACCAGGCACUCUGGCCAUUAUGGGUCUAUUUCCGGCGAGAAAGGGAAGUUUGGGUUAACAACCACCCAGAUUCUCAGUGUUGUUCUCCUGGGUGCCAACAUGCAGGUCAUUGACAUUGGAGGGGGUUUGAAAUCUGGUGAUUCGGAUAUCUCUGUUGCUUAUGGACUUGAAGAGUAUGCUGCGGCCGUAGUCACUUCUGUUCGCUAUGUUUGUGACCGGAAAGUUGUCAAGCAUUCGGUGCUGUGCAACGAAAGUGGAAGGGCUAUAGUGUCCCACCAUUCCAUUCUGAUUUUUGAAGCCAUUUCUUCUGGGGCUUCCUUUGCUUCCGUAAUGGACGGGCUUGCUUUACCUGUUUUGGGUUUUAGGGUUUUUUUUUUUUUUUUUGGUCGGGACGCAGGAACAAGCGUGAAAAGUCUCGCGUGCAAUGGGUCCUACUGUACACGUGGCAUUCACUUGGGUAAAAAAUAAGUCAUAUCAUACAAAAAGGGAUUUACGUUGGAUCACAUAGUGUCACGUCAGUUUUUGAGUGCCAUGUAGUGCAUUUUUUAAUGAUGUCGUGACGACUUGUUAAAAUAUUGAGUUUUUCACAUAUUUUAAAAAGUAGAGGGUGUGAAUAAAGAGAAAAAAUAUUA